UCUCUGGGUUGCUCUGGCCCGCGCCCAGCGGCCCCUGGACGGUCUAUUUCUGUCUCUCCUUUGGGAAAAGCCGCUGCAGUGAGUAAUCAGAGCUGAGAUUUUAUCACCUGUCACCUGCGCUCCGCGCGGGGAGCAGACGCUGGCGGCGGCCCCACCUGCCCCCGCCCCAGCCCCGGGAUGGGGGCCCCAGUGAGCGCCCCGGGGAGCAGGGGCGCAGGGCCGUGAGCAGCCCUGGAUGGAGCCCUGGACCCGGACCCCCCCAUGUCUGUCCUGCUGACCCUUUGGGCGCUGCUGCUGCUGGGGGCCCCCGGCCGAGGCGCCCGGCCCUGGGAGCCCUGCACAGACCUGCGCCCCCUGGACAUCCUGGCAGAGGCGGUCUCCACGCACAGCGCCACUGAUGCCGUCAGGACACUGCAGGCCCAGGGAGUCCGGGGACUCCAGCUGGCCUCCAACGCCCCCCACGCCCUGAGCUUCCCGGCAUCAAGGAUUUUCUCCAGGUGCGAUUUCUUUCCAGAGGAGUUCUCCAUCGUCAUCACCUUGAAGGUCCCCAGCCUGCUGCCCAAGAAGAACGAGUACCUGAUGACGGUGUUGUCCGAGGAGCAGGACACGCUGCUUCUCGGCCUGCGCUACUCGCCCACACAGCUGCACUUCCUCUUUGUGAGCGAGGACUCGGCGGGCACCUGGCAGACACGCAUAUCCUUCCGCAGUGCUGCUCUCACCGACAGCCAGUGGCACACGCUGGUGCUGGCUGUGUCUGCAGGCUCCUUCUCCCUGGCCUCCGACUGUGGCCCGCCCCUCGACAUAGCAGCUGACGUGCCCUUCCCAGCCGCCCUCUCAGUGCGAGGUGCCCGCUUCUUCGUCGGAAGCCGCAAGAGAACCAAAGGUCUGUUCACGGGUCUGCUGAGGCAGCUGGUCCUGCUGCCCGGCUCAGAUGCCAGCUCCAGAGUAUGCCCCUGCAGGGACGCCAAGCUUGCCGUGCUGUCCAUCCCCCCCAUCCUGCAGGGGCUGGCAGGGACCCCGGAAGACAACGAGGUGCUGAGGCCUCCCUACGAAACCCACAUGAAGGUGACACUUGGCUCCCGGCCCCCCUGCACCAAAGCCGAGGAUGCCCAGUUCUGGUUUGACGCCGGCCGGAAGGGGCUGUUCCUGUGCGUGGGCCGCCAGUGGGUCUCUGUGUUAGCAGCCAGGGAGCGGCUGGACUAUGUGGAGGAGCACCAGAGCCUGCCCACCAACGCCGAGACCCUGGGCGUCGAGGUCUUCGCCAUCCCCGGGGCUGGCCUCUUUGUGGCCACUGCCAAUCGCAAGGCCACGUCGGCCAUCUACAAGUGGACGGAUGGAAAGUUCUCCUCUUACCAAGACAUCCCCACGCACCAGGCGCAGUCCUGGCGGUACUUCACCAUUGGGAAGCAGACCUUCCUAGCUGUGGCCAACUUUGAGCCCAAUGAGAAGGGCCAGGAGUUCUCGGUCAUCUACAAGUGGAGCCGGACAAAGCUGCGGUUCAGGCCAUAUCAGCGGGUGGCCACCCACAGUGCCCGGGACUGGGAGGCCUUCCAGAUGGCUGGGGAGCACUUCCUGGCCGUGGCCAACCACCGAGAAGGUGAUAACCACAACAUCGACAGUGUCAUCUACAAGUGGAACCCACGGACGCGGCUCUUCGAAGCCAACCAGAGCAUCGCCACAUCAGGUGCCUACGACUGGGAGUUCUUCACCGUGGGGCCCUACUCCUUCCUGGCUGUGGCCAACGCCUUCAAUGGCACCUCCACGCGGCUGCACUCGCACCUCUAUGUGUGGCUGCUCGGCGCCUUCCGCCUCUUCCAGUCCUUCCUGACCUUCGGAGCCGCCGACUGGGAGGUGUUCCGCAUCGGGGAGAGGGUCUUCCUGGCCGUGGCCAACAGCCACAGCUACACAGCAGAGACGCAGAUGCAGAGUGACUCCUACGUCAUCAACUCGGUCAUCUAUGAGCUGAACGUCACCGCCCAGACCUUUGUCACCUUCCAGGAGAUUCCCACCUGCAGUGCCCUGGACUGGGAGUUCUUCUCCGUGGGCGAGGACUACUUCCUGGUAGUCGCCAACUCCUUCGACGGCCACACCUUCUUGGUAAACAGCAUCAUCUACAGGUGGCAGGGCUACGAGGGCUUCGUGGCCGCACACAGCCUGCCCACGUUCGGCUGCAGGGACUGGGAAACCUUCAGCACAGCCGCCGGCUCCUACCUCGUCUACUCCAGCGCCAAGGAGCCGCUCUCCCGGGUCCUUCGGCUCAGGACGCGCUGAU